AUGCGCUUCCUCAGCACUAUCGUCCUUGCCACUUUGACCGCCAGCGGCGUCGUCACUGCCUUGCCUCACGAUCUGGCCGCCGUCUCUGGAGACGGAGUCGGAGCUGUGUCCCUCGAGAUUGAGACCACCAUCGAGAACCGCGAAGCCAGAGGUCCUAAUACCCCGGCUGAUGUCAAGAAGCAUGACGACAACCACUUGAAAAAGGCUAACAACAACUGUGGCAAAGGCUGCGAGCAAUCGCUUGCCUCAUACCACUCCCAAGCCUCCAAGGAUUCGAAGAACUCCAAAGCGUCCAAGGCAUCAAAGAACCAGAAGGGCGGCCGCUCGCUUGAGAACACCAAUGAGAUUGAGGAGAUGGAGGUUGAGCAGGGAGUUCAGGCCUAG